AUGUCAGAGAGGCAACAAAUGGAGAAAAUCCAGCAAUUAGCCGAUUUGAAAGUGCAGUUACAAAUGGCCGCAAUGGAGGCGGCCGUGGCAAAAGCCGAAGCUGAGAAGGCACGAGAACAGUUGGAUAAUUUGCUGAAGAAACGGGAAGAAGGUCACGAAGAAGGAAGACGAUUGGACGAUUCCAGCAGACACAAUAAAUAA